CCCCGGGGCCGGGAUGAGGCCGGGCUGGAGCCGCCCCCGGGGCCGGGCUGGAGCCGCCCCGCUCCGGCCCCGCUCCGGUCCCGCGAUGCCGCCGCGCUCCGCCCGCCUGGCGCGGCUGUCGCGCUCUGUCACCUUCAGCGCCUGCCACCGCCUGCACAGCAAAUCCCUGAGUGAGGAGGAGAACCUGAAGCUGUUUGGGAAGUGCAACAAUCCCAAUGGGCACGGACACAACUACAAAGUUGUGGUCACUGUGCGUGGGGAGAUUGACCCGGUCUCGGGGAUGGUGAUGAACCUGACAGACCUGAAGGAAUACAUGCAGGAAGCGAUCAUGGAGCCGCUGGACCACAAAAACCUGGACAAGGACGUGCCCUACUUCUCUGAGGUGGUGAGCACCACGGAGAACAUCGCUGUGUUCAUCUGGGACAGCCUGCAGAGGCUCCUGCCCCGGGGAAUCCUCUACAAGGUGCAAGUGCACGAGACAGAGCAGAACGUCGUGGUUUACAAGGGAGAGGAGACGAUUGUGAAGUGAGAUCAGCCUCAGCUGGGCUGCCCAGGGGAAAUGCUCCAAAUUCAGCUCAGUGUGUUCCUCCAGCCCUGCUCGGUGUCUCCUGCAGCCAGCCCUGGGUUCUGUGUUGGGGUUUCAAAGGACCCUCGCAGCAUUUUGCCCGUCUGGGCUCUCACUGUGGGUUGGUUUUUCUGCUUUUCCUCAAGACCUUCCUGUUUUGCCAAGCUGAGCCACCCAGCUGAUGUGAAAUUUAGAAUUGUGCCGUGGUAAAUAAAGCAGCUUUGAGAGAGGAGGCAAAAUCACAAAA